AUGGUGGUGAAGAUGAUGAAGUGGCGGCCAUGGCCGCCGCUAGUAACGAGGAAAUACGAGGUGAAGGUAUCGGUGAGGAGGCUGGAAGGUUGGGAUCCGGUGAGAGAGAGCUCACCGGAGAAGGAGAGAUUGACGGUGGAGAUUCGGUGGAAAGGACCAAAGUCGACAUUGGGAUCUCUGAGAAGGACGACGGCGAAGAGGAACUUCACAAAGGAAGCUGUGGGAGAAAGCGACGUCGUUUCGUGGGAAGACGAAGAGUUUCAGAGCUUAUGCUCUCUCACUUGUUACAAAGACAUUCUCUUUUAUCCUUGGGAGAUUGCUUUCUCUGUCUUCUCCAAUGGAGUGAAGCAAGGGCAGAAGAACAAAGCAGCUCCUGUUGUUGGAACAGCAUUCUUGAAUCUUGCUGAGUACGCUCGUGUGAGUGAUCAAAAGGAGUUUGAUUUGAACAUUCCUCUUACUCUCUCUGCUUCUGCUGCUUCCUCCGAGCCACAUCCAUUGCUCUUUGUAUCACUGAGCUUGCUUGAGCUAAGAGCCGCUUCAGAAACAUUGGACUCGGUGGCACAAACCGCGGUUGUGCCUGUCCCGUCUCCAUCUCCACCACCGCAGGCUACUGAAACUCAACAAACAGAGAAGGAAGACGUCUCUGCAAUCAAAGCUGGUCUAAGGAAAGUCAAGAUUUUUACAGAGUUUGUUUCCACAAGGAAAGCCAAGAAGCCUUGCCGAGAAGAAGAAGAAGAAGAAGACAGAUUCUCGAGCUUCGAAUCAUCGGAAUCACUAGACGAGUUCGAAGAAGAUUUCUACAAAGGCAAAGAAGAUUUAAUGAGUGUGAGAAAAUCUUUCUCUUAUGGACCUUUGUCUUACGCAAACGGCGUGGGAAGCUCGUUGAACUCUUGCGGCGCAACAAAAGCUAGCGAUGAAGAUGAAGAUUGGAUUUAUUAUAGCCACAGGAAAUCUGACGUCGCAGGAGGAGGAGGUUGCUCUGACGCUGAAGAUCCCAUUGCUGGUUUGGUCUACGAGACAUCUCUUCUUCCACGACGCAGCAUAUUGCCGUGGAGGAAACGGAAACUGAGCUUUAGGUCUCCGAAAUCCAAAGGAGAGCCUUUGUUGAAGAAGGACAACGGAGAAGAAGGUGGAGAUGACAUUGACUUUGAUCGGAGACAACUUAGCUCAGAUGAUGCUCACAAGAGCCAAAGAGAGGAAGAUUCAUCAUCAGCCAAUCAGCUCUCUUCUUUCUCUGAGUUUGGAGACGACAGUUUUGCGAUUGGAAGUUGGGAGGAGAAAGAAGUGAUAAGCAGAGACGGACAAAUGAAGCUUCACACGAACGUCUUCCUCGCUUCCAUCGACCAGAGAAGCGAGCGAGCAGCUGGUGAGAGCGCGUGCACGGCUCUUGUAGCGGUGAUCGCGGACUGGUUCCAGAAGAACGGUAACAUCAUGCCGAUCAAGUCUCAGUUCGAUAGUUUGAUCAGAGAAGGCUCCUUAGAGUGGAGAAACCUCUGCGAGAACGAAACCUACAUGCAGAAGUUCCCUGACAAGCAUUUCGACCUCGACACCGUGUUACAAGCGAAGAUCAGGUCUUUGUCCGUUGUCCCUGAGAAGUCCUUCGUUGGCUUCUUCCACCCUGAAGGGAUGAUCAACGAAGGAAGAUUCGAGUUUCUUCAAGGCGCAAUGUCUUUCGAGAGCAUUUGGGAUGAGAUUGUGACCAAUCUUGAGGAGAGUGUUUACGUUGUGAGCUGGAAUGAUCACUUCUUUGUUCUCAAAGUUGAGAAAGAGGCUUACUUUAUCAUUGACACGUUAGGAGAGAGGCUUUAUGAAGGUUGUGAUCAAGCUUACAUUUUGAGAUUCGACGAUAAAACCGUUAUUCACAAGAAUCUUCAAACAGAAGAAACGCAACCGCAGUCGCAACCGGAGACGUGUGAGUUGGAAUCGGAGGUUGUGUGCAGAGGGAAAGAGUCGUGUAGAGAGUAUAUUAAGAGUUUCUUGGCGGCGAUACCGAUUAGGGAGUUGCAAGAGGAUAUCAAGAAAGGGUUGGCUUCCACUGUGCCUGUUCAUCACCGGUUACAGAUCGAGUUUCAUUACACGAAGAUGACUACUAUAAAAGCAGAAGAGGUUGCGGUCUGA